AUGGAUAAAGUCCUCACAAAAUUUAAUUGUUCUCAACCAAGUUCCAGUAUGGAUGCCAAUCGUUCUCAACUCAUAGAUGUGCUCAAUUUAGGAUCGCUUGAAGCCGAUCCAGGAGAAAGGAUACCCAUUACUAAAUAUAACCCUCGAAUUCAGGACGAAGUAAGGAGACAUUAUAUUCAAACAGGACCUUGUGAACCUUUACUGAAAAAAUUUCCUACAACUCAAAUAGGAAAUAGAGGUCGUCAAUUUGUUUCAAGUUGGUACAAAGGUCCACAUUCUAAUUGCUUGGAGUAUAGCAUGAAGAAGGAUGCCGCAUAUUGCCUAUAUAUUGUCCACGCUUGUGCAAAAGAAACGGUGAAAGCUAUAAUUGGAGACUUGAAUGGAGAUUACUUUGGUAUAUUAGUGGAUGAGUCCAAAGAUAUCUCACACAAAGAACAAAUGACUCUCGUGUUGCAGUAUGUUGAUAACAAUGCUAUUGCUAAAAAACAUGAGGAUGUUGAAGACUUCUUUGAUCAUGUUACUAAUGUGUUGAAUGUUGUUGGAAGAUCUUUUAAGCGUAGAGAUUUGAUUUGUCAUCAUCAAGCUGAAAAGUUGGAGCAGUUACCUGAAUCAGGUGAAGUUCAUACUAGACGGGGACUAAAUCAAACGCGCGGACUUCAAAGACCAGGUGAUACUCGUUGGGGAUCACAUUUCAAAACAUUAGAUAACUUUAUUAUUAUUUUCUCAACUAUUGUUCAUGUGCUUGAAGUGAUUAAACAUGAAGGUUCCACCUUAAGUGAUAGAAAUCAAGCAAAAUAUCUUUUGACUGAGAUUAAAACAUUCAAAUUUGUUUUUGUGCUUCACUUGAUGUUGAAAGUGAUGGCAAUGUCAAAUGAGUUGAGCAAAAUUUUACAAAAAAAAGGAUCAAGAUAUUAUUAA